CGGGGCGGGGCCGGGCAGUGCCGGGCAGCGCGCGCGGCGAGUGAGCGCGGCCCCGCUCCGCUGCCGCCGUCUCCGCCGCCGCCGCUGCCGCCCCCGCCCCGGCAUGAGGAAACGCAACGAGUCGGUCACGGUGGAGCAUGAGCGCGCCGCCGCCGCUGCUGCCGCCGCCGUGCCGGGCCCCCUCGACAAGGGCUGUAGCCUGAGGCGAAGCCUGCGCCUGCCUGCCUCCGCCGCCGCCGAGGGCAUGAAGCGUCCGCUGGGCAGGCGAUACGGAUUAUGGUUUCGAUUGAGGAAAUUGAUACUCUGGUUGCUGGGAGUGUACAUAGCCAUCCCAUUUCUAGUAAAACUUUGCCCCGCUAUUCAGGCAAAGCUGGUCUUCCUAAACUUUGUGAGGGUCCCAUAUUUCAUUGACUUGAAAAGACCACAGGAUCAAGGUUUAAACCACACCUGUAAUUAUUAUUUGCAGCCAGAGGAGGAUGUAACCAUUGGAGUCUGGCACACGGUCCCUGCAGCCUUGUGGAAGAAUGCCCGAGGGAAGGACCAGCUGUGGUUUGAAGAGGCUUUGGGCUCCAGCCACCCUGUAAUCCUUUACCUGCACGGCAAUGCAGGAACGAGAGGAGGGGAUCACCGGGUGGAGCUUUACAAGGUUCUCAGCUCCCUCGGGUACCACGUGGUGACGUUUGACUACCGAGGCUGGGGUGACUCGAUAGGCAGCCCUUCAGAGAGGGGAAUGACCUACGACGCCCUUCAUGUCUUCGACUGGAUAAAAGCCCGGAGCGGAGACAACCCUGUCUAUAUUUGGGGACACUCCCUGGGCACAGGAGUUGCCACAAAUCUGGUGCGGCGCCUCUGCGAGAGAGAAACGCCCCCGGAUGCCCUGAUCCUGGAAUCUCCAUUCACCAACAUACGGGAGGAGGCGCGGAGUCAUCCCUUUUCCGUGAUAUACAGAUACUUCCCUGGAUUUGACUGGUUCUUCCUUGACCCCAUCACAACGAGUGGAAUUAAAUUUGCAAACGAUGAGAAUGUGAAAUACAUUUCUUGCUCCCUGCUCAUCCUUCAUGCUGAGGAUGAUCCAGUGGUACCAUUUCAUCUGGGAAAAAAGCUUUACAACAUCGCAGCGACGUCGCGGAGUUUCCGGGACUACAAGGUGCAGUUUGUGCCCUUCCACACAGACCUCGGCUACCGGCACAAGUACAUCUACAGGAGUCCAGAGCUACCUCGGAUACUGCGGGAAUUCCUGGGAAAAUCUGAACAUGAGCAUCAUCACUGAAGACUGUCUGCUUGUCAGCACAGAGAUUUUCAUUUCCUUCCUCUCUCUUUUUCCUCCCCGUUCCCUGUGGGUCAGUCUGCCGUUCUUCCAUCCCUGGCACUAGAGAAGGUCAGGGAUUCCCAUUCCAGUCCUGAUGUGUACCCUUGGCAACUCCAGCUUCUGGCAUCAGCAUCUGUGACGGCAGAAGGAAGAAGCUGUUGGCUUGUUUUUGGACUUGGACGGAGGGGUGGUAACAGCCCAGGAGCCAGUACCAAACCGUGAAAAAUAUAAGCGCAGCAAAGCCUCGCCCGUCCCUCGCGGUACUGCUGAGGACAGAUGUUCCUAGGACACUGCGUCAUGACCAAGGAUGUUUCUUUCACUUUUAAACACUGCUGCUGUUUUUGGAUCAUGUAGAGAUACAUUUGUAGGCAAAUGGCUUUUGCCACGUCUCCUUACCGCAGGUGUCUUGCUUGAGUUUGAGGUGUUCUCUUUCUAGAAAAUACAUGUUUUGCCUUUCCUUUUGAUCAGAGGCUGUAAUUACAAAUACAUGGAGGAUCCAGGUAGUGAGAGGUAUUUUUAUUUAGCUCUUCAGUCACAAUGUGCUGCAAGUGUUGGGAUAAUUGCACACAUUUGGAAAAUAAAUGAAACUUUUUUUUUUUUUUGUUCUUCCUCUUGAAACAUGUAUUUAAUGGGAAAGGCUAGUACCCUUUUAUCUUUUCUGUACCUUUUUCCUUCUGGACAUUAUUUUUUGCUCUCAUCCCUGCUAUCCUCUGUGGACCUCCUCCCCUUCUUCACAAGUACUUCCUAUUAGGAUUGGAAUGACACAUGUGUAUCAACUGCAGACAUGGGCAUUUAAGCCAGAAACUGUGAGAUUACUUUUUUGCUUGAUCUCCUCUUCCAUGGACAGUGUGUGCCCAGGCUGCUGGAAUGGAUGUCUUCCAUUACCCCUGUACAAACCCGGACAGCCAUGUGCUGCUUUUUGGUGAGAAGGGCAAGGGGGUUUUUUUCCUCAACUACUUUUUAACUCCUUGGGUCGGGUUUUCCUGUUCCUGGUGGCAGUGCUGUUCUGGCAGUGAUAGUUUUUGCAAAAAUAAGUCUGGGGUGUCACUCCCCAUCUCUCCCCCCCUGCCUUCUGUGCACUUCCAGUAGCACAUCUUAGCCCCUCUGACAGCCAUUGUUCAGAAGGCAGAAGUGGAAAUGAGCCUUUCCCACAGGAAGAGGUUCUGAGGAUGUCCUUGCCCUGCUCAGGGCUAGAAGUGGGGCUGGUUUAUGCCACUGAAGAGCUCUGCACUGAAAGAGGAGUCAGUCACACACUGCCUCGCUGGGCUUCUGCCCCUUGUCAGUCCAUACAGGCAGUACCAGGUGCUGUAGGUUUAGUCACUAGUGCUCAAAGGGAAUUGUGCUGCCCCCAGGAUCUGGUCAGGGGUGUACAGCAUAGUAAUAAACUGCUCAGCAUGCAUCAGCGUUAUAGCUGCAGGCUCAUACUAGUUGCAAAAGAGACAGUAGCUUGUUCUUGUACCAAGAUUCUUCUGCCAUUAGCACAGUUGUCCCUGAGGUUUCUGACCCCUGAUACUCAUGAAGUAGCUGUGCCACUACAAUACAAGAGCGUCAACCUUAAUUUAUCGCACUGACAGACGGGAAAUACUUACCUGCCUCUGGAGAGUGACACACACAUUCCAGUCAGUGCUGCUGCUGGCAGCUGGCUUGGGGCAAAGUGCAGCCUGAGAUGGGGCCUGGCUGGCUGCCUUCCUCCUGCUGAGACAGAGCUGGGACUCCGGCACGAGUACUGCUGCUCUUGGUGGUCCCACCACCACCAUUCCUGUUAGCAGCCCAGUGAUAUGCUUGGAAAUUUAAACCGAAAUGUUUAUCUAAAAGUGGUGUAGUUUUAAUAAAGGCAAUGACUGCUGAUCACUU